AUGAAAUACACUUAAUACAUAUUGAAAAAUCUAAUCCCUGAAUGGAUUAAAUUAUAUCUCAACUUCAAAUAUUUGAAAACACAUUUGGCAGUAGUUACCAAAUUAAAGAAAUUGUUAAGGAAAGCCAAAAAAUUAAAACCUAAAGAUGUCUAUUAAUAACUGAAAUAUGACGUAGCAUCUAAUAAAUAGCUAUUCGAAAAGUUAGAGUAGGAUCGUAAUGAUUUUAUGAUUGUAUUUGAUGAAGAAUCAGAAUAAAUUUAUAGUUUUACAGAGUGGAAGUAUAGGGAAUUACUCAUUUUUUUUGAGAAAUUAGAUAGAUAGAUGAAAAUUAUGUAAUAAAUGGCAGAUUAUACAUAUGAAGAAAGGAUUAUAGUAACUUGGAAUAUGGGUUAGAAUAUUAAGGAAAAUCCAAGUGAAGAAGCUGUUGAGGUAAGAGUUUAUUUGAAAUAAAAAGAAGAGCUUUUAGAAACAAGUUUUAAAUUUUAUAAUGAAUGCUAAUAAUUGUAAUCUUAUAUUUCAUUGAAUUCUGAAGGUAUUCGUAAGAUUCUAAAGAAAUAUAAAAAGUAAGAGUUAAAAGGUAUUAGAAAUAAGGAAAUAGAAAUACAAUAUUUUGGGAAUGUAUCACAAUUACAAAAGAAAUUGAAGAAAUAUGAAACAAAAAUCAAUAUUUUAAAAUCAGAUACACAAUCUCUUAUGAUCAAUUAUUUUUAUGCUGAUGAGUAUGUGUAAAUUUAUACUAAUAUAGUCCGAGUGAAUGUAGAGAUCUUAUUAGAAAAUAUACAGAAAAAGGAUAGAUCAAUUUGAAAACAGUAUUUUAUUUUGGAUUUUUUGCAGGAGCAGCUGUGAUGAUAAUUCUAAUCAUAUUAGGAAUGAGAUUUGAUGGUCUUUUAGAUCCUAAUUCAGAUAAAGUAUUUAAUAAAGCAUUUCCAUGUUUUAGAGGAAUGGCAUUAUUUAUAAUUUAUUAUUGGUUCAUUACUUUAGAUUUAGCAGGUUGGAAUUAUUUUAAUAUAAAUUACAAAGUCUAUUUAGGUUUUAAUCAUCAUUUCUCUACAGUUCAAGAGUUAUUACAAAGAGUUAGUAUAUUUACUGCUAUAUUUUUGGUUACUUUCUUAUGGUAUUGUAUUGCAGUAGAAGACUCAUUAGGUGAUUUAUCUAGAGCUGUUUAAAUAUUUGAUAUAAGAUAUUUACCAAUAUUAUGUUGGAUUGUAUCCAUUCUCUAUGUAUUUUAUCCAACAACUAAAUAUUUCAAUCCUUAAGGUAGGAAAUGGAUGUAUAAAAUGUUUUAUGGUGCAUUAUGGGGACAUUUUAUAAAGUAUGAAUCUAGAUACACAUUCUUUACAGAUUAUAGAAUAUUUGAAUUUUAAUUAUAUGUAUUAAUUAAUUUUAUUUUAAUAUAUAAUUAAGAUAUCUAUAAUUCACAUCUAUGAUAACAUCUAUGAGAGAUUUUGAUUAUACAAUCUGUUAUUAUCAUCAUUUUGUAAAUUUUAUAUUUAAUAAUAGAUAUUUUUAGGUCAAGAACAUAAUGGUGAAUGUAAUUUUUAAAGAAGGUUUACUGCAGCUUAAGCCAGUAUAAUACCUUAUUUCUUAAAAUGUAUUUAAUAUUUGACUCGAGCUAGAGACAAGGGAAAGUUUUUGUUUACAGAUGAAAUGUAUAAUUUUAUUAAAACUUCAAUUGCAAUGUCAGUAGGAAUUCUAGCUUAUUUGACUCGAUUAGAUAUAAGUUGGAAAAAUUAUUGGAUAGCAGUAGCAUGUUUUUGUUCUUGUUUUGAAUAUUAUUGGGAUCUAAAAAAAGAUUUUAUGUUUUUUGAAAAAGGAACUAAAUAUAAAUUCUUAAGAAGUGAUUUAGGUUAUAAUAGCCCUUAUAUAUAUUAUACUUUGGGAAUUUUGAAUUUCUUUUUAAGAAUUGCAUGGGUAUUAACAAUAUCACCUGAUAUGUAUAGAAUAAUAGGAAUUAAAAAUGAAAUGUUUGUAUUAUGUUUUGGAUUUUUAGAAAUGAGUAGAAGAUUGGUUAAUAAUUUUCUUAAAAUGGAAAAAGAACAUAUAAAUAAUUUAAGAUCUUUAAAGAGUAUUUCAGAUUUGAAAUUUCCAUUUAAAGAGAAAAAGGAUUUGGAAUUAGAAGAAAUUAAAAGUGUUUAUGAUGUAGAAUCUAUAUCUACUCUACCUAGAGUCAGUAUUGGAGAAUAACAUUAUGAUUAAUAGGAAGCUUAAUAAUAUGAUUCAAAUGAGAGAAACAAUCUUAAAUUAUCAGAGUUUAAUCCAAAAAUAGUAAUCAAUUAAUGUGAUGAAUCAAAAGAGGAGAUACGUAGUCCUAUUAAAAUGUUAUAAUCUCCAAAACAUUCUAUGUUUAGUAAGUAAAAUAAAAAGGUUUCUUUCUUAAAUUUAUAAUUUCCAUAAUAAGAAGAACCUUCUUUAUAAUAAUAAUAAUCUGUUAUCUCUAAAAAGUAGAGUAUUUUAGUUGAUAGAUAAUUCUAAGAUAUUAAAAUUCCAAGAAACAUUUCCUUUGAAAAUUAUUUGAAUUUUAAAUAAAGUUUAAGGAGAAUCAAUUCAUNAUAAUUCACAUCUAUGAUAACAUCUAUGAGAGAUUUUGAUUAUACAAUCUGUUAUUAUCAUCAUUUUGUAAAUUUUAUAUUUAAUAAUAGAUAUUUUUAGGUCAAGAACAUAAUGGUGAAUGUAAUUUUUAAAGAAGGUUUACUGCAGCUUAAGCCAGUAUAAUACCUUAUUUCUUAAAAUGUAUUUAAUAUUUGACUCGAGCUAGAGACAAGGGAAAGUUUUUGUUUACAGAUGAAAUGUAUAAUUUUAUUAAAACUUCAAUUGCAAUGUCAGUAGGAAUUCUAGCUUAUUUGACUCGAUUAGAUAUAAGUUGGAAAAAUUAUUGGAUAGCAGUAGCAUGUUUUUGUUCUUGUUUUGAAUAUUAUUGGGAUCUAAAAAAAGAUUUUAUGUUUUUUGAAAAAGGAACUAAAUAUAAAUUCUUAAGAAGUGAUUUAGGUUAUAAUAGCCCUUAUAUAUAUUAUACUUUGGGAAUUUUGAAUUUCUUUUUAAGAAUUGCAUGGGUAUUAACAAUAUCACCUGAUAUGUAUAGAAUAAUAGGAAUUAAAAAUGAAAUGUUUGUAUUAUGUUUUGGAUUUUUAGAAAUGAGUAGAAGAUUGGUUAAUAAUUUUCUUAAAAUGGAAAAAGAACAUAUAAAUAAUUUAAGAUCUUUAAAGAGUAUUUCAGAUUUGAAAUUUCCAUUUAAAGAGAAAAAGGAUUUGGAAUUAGAAGAAAUUAAAAGUGUUUAUGAUGUAGAAUCUAUAUCUACUCUACCUAGAGUCAGUAUUGGAGAAUAACAUUAUGAUUAAUAGGAAGCUUAAUAAUAUGAUUCAAAUGAGAGAAACAAUCUUAAAUUAUCAGAGUUUAAUCCAAAAAUAGUAAUCAAUUAAUGUGAUGAAUCAAAAGAGGAGAUACGUAGUCCUAUUAAAAUGUUAUAAUCUCCAAAACAUUCUAUGUUUAGUAAGUAAAAUAAAAAGGUUUCUUUCUUAAAUUUAUAAUUUCCAUAAUAAGAAGAACCUUCUUUAUAAUAAUAAUAAUCUGUUAUCUCUAAAAAGUAGAGUAUUUUAGUUGAUAGAUAAUUCUAAGAUAUUAAAAUUCCAAGAAACAUUUCCUUUGAAAAUUAUUUGAAUUUUAAAUAAAGUUUAAGGAGAAUCAAUUCAUUCAGAUUAACAUAAUUUUUAGAGUAACCAAAAGAUACACAAAUAAAUGUUCAUGAUUAUGCUGACAUUCAUCCAAAUAUGGAUUUAGUAGAAAAGGCUAAAAAGGAAGAAAUUCAAAUGCAAUCAAAAUAAAAGAAAUUAAAAAAUGAAAAUAAAUAAUAUUUAAAGGUAAUGUAUAUAUUAUUAUAUUUAAUAGAUGAUUGAAUAAUAUUAUGAAAAAUAUGACAUAAAAUUGAAGCAUGGAUGA